GUUGAUUUUAAAUAUCAUAAACGGAAUUUAAAUUAACUGGCCAUUCUUCACUAAUCGUAUUUUUUAACCGUCAUCAUGUCACAACACUAGCAAAUCACGUGACCAGCUUGCGUUUGAGAGCGCAUUCACAGCUGCUUGUAAAUAGAAGCUGUAAAUAUAAAUAUAGCAGGUAAAGAUGAGUUUGGGUGCGCGCGCCACCAAGGGUGGUGCGAAGGCUGGUGGCAAAGAGGGCAAGCACGCACAGGACAAAGGCAAGGGCGCAGACAAACCACAGCCCAAGGAGAAGGUGAAACCACAGGCAACAACAGAACAGCUCCGCAUGGCAAACAUGAUCGAUCGUAAAAGCGAAGACGCGUCUGACGUUCGGAGAAUGGUGUUGGAGCUGAUGGAAAUGACCUGCCGGACGGAGGAAGAGGUUUGCUCGGCCCUCCAUGACUCUGACAACGACAUGGUGGCUGCCUGCAAUCUGCUGCUGGAGGAGAGCCAGCGGAUACAGGGCGAAUGGCAGACAAGUGAGAAGAAGAAGAAGAAACCUCCCUCCACCGGCAACGGAGAAGUGGAGACUCGAGCGCGGGCCCCCAGCGCCAGGCCACCCGGUGGGACGGGUCGCGGGGGCGGCGAGGGCGAGGGUGGCACUCGGGGCGCGGGUCGCGGGGGGGCGCGGGGCGCGCGCGGGGCCCGGGGCCGCCGUGUCUCCAGGCACCCGCGCAACGACUUCUAUGACAACGACGCGCCGCCCGGUGGCAAUAUGGGCGACACAUUUCCUACAACAGAAGACUGGGACAACGAAGAAUGGUCAGGAUCUCUUUCAGACACCAAGGUUUUCACGCCCAGCUCGAGUGCACAGAACGCGGUCGAGGUGGACACUUCACAGAUCAAUGCAACGGAGGAUUGGGACACGCCGGAGACCAACGGGCCGGCGGAGAACAUUCCAACCUACACAUACCACAACGCGCAUCAUCCAAUCGUAGACGCGAUGGGCGGUGGCAGCCGGCAGUCUCCGGGCGUGGGGCCCGGUGUGGGCCCCGUAGAGCCGGGCGUGGGGCCGGGGGUGGGCGUGGGGCCCGGCGUGGGCGUGGGGGCGGGGGGCAGCCCGCUGCAGCACGCGCCCGACCCUGCCCCCAUGGCCUACCAUCACCAGCCAAUGGGCAUGUCGGGCAGUUUGUCAGCGGCGCAGUCUCAGUAUCUCUCUCAGCUCACGCAACAGUCGCAACGACACGACAAUAGCGUAUAUACUACAAACUAUGGCGUGUACGGCUCUACAGACGUGAGCAGUCAACGGAAGCCUCAGAGGGCGAGAGUGCCGCCUCCUUCUAAGAUUCCAUCGUCAGCGGUGGAGAUGCCCGGCGGCGGGGAAGUAUUUCUGGACGUGCAAUUUGGUGCUUUGGAACCUGAAACGUUACAGGAUACGCAGAGUCCAGCGGCGAAUACAGAACAAACGGCAUCGCCACCACCCUGUUUGCCCGCUACAGACGCCAUUCUUAAUGAGAGUCUACCGACGAGUGUCGAACCCGCGCCCAGUCAACCAGUCGCCGAACCCGUCACCUCCACGCCUGCAGCAUUAGAAAAACAAUUGACAGCUUCGAUGAAGCAAAUGACAGUGAGCGAGUCCACGCCCGCUGCUUCGACGCAUCACUAUCACCAAAGACCAAAGAGUGCGACAGCGACAGUAGCCGCGGCGGCGACUGCGAAUGCGACACAGAAUGCGACGGCCAUUGCUACCGCAGCACAGAACAACAGUCAAGCGGUGGUUUAUCCCCACCAUGCGGUCUCACAUCACCCCGCCGUCUAUCCCAGCGUUUAUCCUCCGCAGGUGAAUUCAACGAACGCGUCAUUAACGGCAGCUUCGGCGAUGACCGGCACGCAGUACCCGUCCAGCGUCACGCUCACGCAGUACCAGCCCAUGAUCAACUCCUAUCAGCAAACGUCGUCAUCGGCGGCGGCAUACGGCGGCAGUGCGUUAUACACUGCGGCCCCAUACUACCACGCGCAGCAACAUCACCACACUCCCCCGGUCAAGCACAAGGACCACAGCCAAUACGACAGUUCAGUAGCGUCAAGUAAUAGUUUAACGAGCACAUCAACCACACAAACCACCACAGCCAAAGUCACAACGACGACCAAUGCACACGCGAGCAGCGCGACGGCUUCAGGCGGCGGAAGCGGAAGCGGGAGCGGAAGCGGCACCGGCACCAGCAGCACCGUGCCGCCCGCCUCCACGCCCUACGCGCCCGCUGCAUUAUAUACCGCCGGCGUUGGCGGUGUGGGCGGCGGGUAUGCGUACGAGGAAGCGCAGCUCAUGCGGGGCGGAACCACCCUACCCCACCAUAUGGGUGGAUACUACGAAGUUGGUUAUGGCGGUCGGGAAGGAACCUUCGGCCUCGGCGCUGGAGACAGAUUCGGCAGGACAGACGCCGCUUCACCACAACAGGUACCAGCGGCGUUACCUCCAGGCUACGCGUACUUUUACCAACCACCACCAACCACGUAUCAAUACGGCGUCUAUCCCACGUACGGCGGCGGGUCCAGCGUGGGCGGGGUAGGCGGCGUCGGGGGAGUCGGGGGGGUCGGCGGGGUCGGGUCCGGCGCCGCGGGGAAGGUCAACACCUACACCCCCCAGCAACCCCCCUACGACGCGCCCGACUCAUACAAGCCCGCGGGCGGGUACAGCGUUAACGUGAACGUGGGCGGCGCGGGCAAGGCCACCGCGGCCGACCUGCAGUACAAGGGGCACGUCGCGCUCAACAAGGUCAACAGUUACGAGAAAGCGGGGUUCCACAGCGGCACGCCGCCGCCCUUCGGCGCCUCCCACCUCUACAUCCCCGCGCCGCACCACCACCACCACCACCACAACGCGCACCAGGUAUACCACUACCACUCUACUAGUACCACUCUACCACCAACACCACUUAGGCGAACGACUCACCAAUGCCCACACCACCACAACGCGCACCAAGUAUUCCCUCCGAUUUCGUCGGCCCAGGCACUUGUUAGAGUACCCCGAUGGCAACAACGCGCCUCCGACUCCUCCCACACAGGCUACAAACACCAACACUACACACUAACAUACUUGCACACUAGCUUAGCAUUAGGCAGACACCUCACCCGUAGGAUAACAGUGCGAAGACCCGGUUUACACACGACACGCUACACCAAGUACAGGUACCUAGGCGUUUAUCCCCGCCCCCCACGACAACAGCUAACUAGAGCCGAAGUCCGAGUCUCAGAGACGUCCUCUAGUUGAGCCGACCCCCUCAGGUUCGAGUGGUGUAAAGGCUCCAGACGGAGAGGAGACUCCCCCUGAGGGGAGAUGUCAUCCGCCUGGAAUACCUCUAGAGGCACUCGCCAAUUCUCGGCUUGAGGUCCCCUUAGGAUCUCGCCGUCCCCAAACCCGGUGACACUGCAAAGGUCGUCUGUGACCAACAGCAUACACACUCAAAAUAAAAAG